CCAAUACGUCCAGUGCACCGUCAUCCCAGCGGAAUGGAGGAAUGCGCAAGCUGAGUGAGAGUCACGCAGUUCAUAGCCUACGGCCUAGGAGAGGAGUUCUGCGAGAAGAUAUUUGCAAUACAUUAAAACAUUCUCGACUGUAUAAGUUGUCAUCGCAUUACUUUAUGACUAUUUCCGGGUGAGAUCACGGCUAGGUUCGAGUGUCUGUGAGCUGAACUGUUCGCGAAAUAGCGGAUACGUGUGGAAAGGGAGGGUGUUCAAAGCAAACAGGGAAAAAACUGAGCGAUCGCUUGUUUCGCUCAGCCAGCUGAAAGAAGCAGGAAGCGGAUCAAAUCAGUUCACCUGUCGAAGGAGAGACGAACUGGUGUCGUACAUUUGAGCCCAGUGGAACACUCUGUACGGAAGUGUCAGAUGCAGCAUCCUCUUCAUCCGAUCAUGGAACCAGCUAUGAAAUAAAAACUGCAGAGACAGCAGGUUCCCAUGGUUUGGCUUCAGUGUGUUCUCUGCCAUGCCUCCCGCAAAGACAGAUCAGCUGGACUUGUGGGCGGAGUCGGGGUUAGAUGGAGACGACCAGGUUAUGGUGGACUUCCUGUUGCCCACUGGAAUCUACAUCCAGAUGGAAGUCCCUCGCGAGAGUACCAUCCAACACAUCAAACUGCUAUUAUGGAAGGAGGCGCAGACAUAUCCUCUCUUCUCAUUGCUGGGGGAGAUGGAGGGUCACAUGUUCGAAUGCGUGAACCAGGCAGCAGUGCACGAGGAGCUGGAGGAUGAGACCAGGCGACUAUGUGAUGUGCGACCAUUCCUGCCUGUUCUCAAACUGAUCACACGUAAUUGUGGACGUGCAGAGCGCCUCCUAGAUUCCAAGAUUGGAGUUCUCAUUGGAAAAGGUCUUCAUGAGUUGGAUGCCCUGCAAGACCAGGAAGUAAAAGACUUUCGUUCCAAAAUGAAAAGAAUCAGCGAAGAGAAAAUGCAGCAAAUGCAAAUGAUGUCAUGGGGGCAGUGGCUUCGCAGCUCUUAUUCCCCACAGCUGGACACAAGCUCAUUGGAUAAUUUGAUUGAGAGGCAUGAGGGCAUAAUUAAAAUCACCAUGCACUACGACCAGUCACAGGACACAGCCAGCCUGAAAGUAUCGUUGAAUUGUACAGUAUCUGAAGUAAUGGAUCAUGCUCUCAAGAAAUGGCAGACUACUCAUGGGCCAGAGGAAGACAUUGGUGCCCGUAGCAAUUAUGUGCUGCGUGUCAGUGAUAGACUUGAGUUCCUGUUUGAAGAUUAUCCUCUUAUACAGUACAAAUACAUUAGGGCUUGUUUGUCGACCGGUGAAAACCCUCAUCUAACAGUGGUUCACUUUGACAUAGUGAAGAGCAUGUUUGAGAAGGAAAUCGCUACUGUUGGCUCAGUGCUUGCAAGGAAGACCUCAAACCCUCCGCUACCACUGCCCCCAAAGAAGAGACAAACAACUGUAAGGACAUCGAGUAUGUCUGCGUCUCAGUUACCACAACAACUUCAUACAUGUGUUUGGAAGGUUCAUUCUCUGUUUAGAAUUAAUCUUGUGAAAGCUAACAAGGUGAACGCUGAAGAUGCUGCUAAGAUCCAGGUUCGAGCAGGACUUUUUCAUGGUACAGAGUUGUUGUGCAAGACAGCUGUCAGCAAUGAGAGCAGCAGUCGAUCUGAACAUGUGUGGAACAAAACACUGGAGUUUGACAUUCCUGUUUGUGAUCUGCCACGGAUGGCCCGCCUCUGCUUUGCAAUUUAUGCUGUUAUGGAUAAAGUGAAAAAACAGAGAUCCACAAAGAACACACACCUGAACAAAUACCAGACUAUCCGCAAGGCAGGGAAAGUACACUACCCAAUUGCAUGGGUGAAUACUAUGGUAUUUGACUACAGAGGGCAGCUGAAAACUGGUGACAUUAUCCUCCACUGUUGGUCAUCAUUUCCUGAUGAGCUGGAAGAGAUGUUGAACCCUAUCGGCACCAUUCAGACCAAUCCAUACACAGAGAAUGCCACAGAGCUACAUAUAAGCUUUCCAGAAUACUCAACGCAACCAGUUGUUUUUCCUGCUUUUGACAAGAUCCUGGAAAAAGCUGCAGAAAUAGCUGGAGCCAGUGAUUCCAUGUCAAUGGGUCGUGGGGGUAAAAAGUUUUACAUAGAGCUGAAGGAGAUCAUGGAGAGGGAUCCUCUUUCUCAGCUGUGUGAGAAUGAGAAGGAUCUGAUCUGGACACUUCGCUAUGACUGCAGAGAAAAUUUUCCUCAGUCUCUCCCUAAACUUCUACUCUCUGUCAAAUGGAGCAAACAUGAAGACAUGGCUCAGCUACAAGCUUUGCUGCAGAUUUGGCCUAAGCUGAGUCCUCGUGAUGCUUUGGAACUUCUGGACUUCAACUAUCCAGACCAGUAUGUCAGAGAAUUUGCAGUCAGCUGCCUCAAAGAUAUGAGUGAUGAUGAGCUGUUGCAGUAUCUGCUGCAGCUUGUGCAGGUGUUGCGCUAUGAGCCAUACUAUGACUGCAGCCUCAGCCGUUUCCUCCUAGAACGUGCUCAGACCAGCCGUAAAAUUGGUCAUUUCCUCUUCUGGCAUCUCAGGUCUGAAAUGUACAUGCCAGCUGUAUCGGUUCAUUUUGCUCUGAUCUUGGAAGCCUACUGCAGAGGCUGCAUCCCACACAUUGAAGUUCUCAAAAAACAGGUUGAAGCUCUCAAUAAGCUGAAAGCAGUAAAUGAGUUGAUAAAACUGGGCACUAUAAAAACGAAGACAAAGCAAGCUCAUCUGAAAGAGGCCAUGAUGUCAUGCCUAAGACAGACAGGAUUCAUCGAGACACUCUCCGAUUUGCAUUCUCCCCUCAACCCAAACAUAUUGCUUGCUGGAGUCAGUGUGGAGAAGUGCAAGUACAUGGACUCUAAGAUGAAACCUCUGUGGAUCGUUUACAAUAACAAGUUGCUGGGAGGAGAGACAGUGGGCAUCAUCUUUAAAAAUGGAGAUGAUCUGAGGCAAGAUAUGUUGACUCUACAGAUUUUAAAGUUGAUGGAUCUGCUGUGGAAAGAGGCCAACCUGGACCUCAGAAUUGUGCCUUAUGGUUGCUUGGCGACAGGAGAUCAUUCUGGACUCAUCGAGGUAGUAUCUUCAGCUGACACCAUUGCGAACAUCCAAAAAACAAGCAGCAACAUGGCUGCUGCUGCCGCCUUCAAUAAAGACGCUCUGCUAAACUGGCUUAAAGAUAAAAACUCUGGGGAUGCUUUGGACAAAGCCAUUGAGGAGUUCACUCUAUCAUGUGCUGGUUAUUGUGUUGCCACCUAUGUCUUGGGCAUUGGUGAUCGCCACAGUGACAACAUAAUGGUCCGCAGUACAGGGCAGCUUUUCCACAUAGAUUUUGGGCACAUACUGGGAAACUUUAAGUCUAAGUUUGGGAUUAAGCGGGAACGUGUUCCUUUCAUCCUCACACAUGACUUCAUCCACGUGAUUCAAGAGGGAAAAACAGGCAACACAGAGAAAUUUGGAAAUUUUAGGCAAUAUUGUGAGGAGGCAUAUAUGAUUCUGAGAAAGAAUGGAAAUCUGUUCAUCACACUCUUUGCUCUCAUGCUCACCGCAGGCCUACCAGAGCUCACGUCUGUCAAAGAUAUACAGUAUUUAAAGGACUCUCUGGCAUUAGGCAAAACUGAUGAGGAGGCCCUCAAACAGUUCCGGCAGAAGUUUGAUGAAGCUCUGCGAGAGAGUUGGACCACCAAAGUCAACUGGAUGGCCCACAUUGUGGCUCACCCUUCAUAAAAUGAGUGAAACACUAAUACUGAGCUCCAAAUGAACUUAGACUUCACCAUUAAGUGAUUUAAGUGCAGUAAAACUAUUUCAGUAAAAAUAACUUAUUUAUGAUCUUAGAAAAUUAAUCAACAAAUUGCAUGGAUCUAAAUAAUCAUCAAAGGUCUAUAGUCUGCGGGAAUAAACAAACAAAACAAAAAAUAGCUUGCACAAUAUCAUCUGCCUCUGACCUCCAUAUAACCAUACAAACAUAAAGCGUUACCAUAUUGGGACUGACAAAAAUGGAUGAGUACAAGCUCAGAGGAUCAAAAGGUAAAAAUGUGCCUCACUGCACAGGAAACAUUAUUUGUAACUGAUUUCUGUUUUUUAUUAUUUUAUUUUUUUUAUUUUAUUUUUUUUUCAUUUGCAGGACUUUAUUAAAAGAAAUGACCUUACAAACACUGGAAUCAUGUUAUAGGUAUAAAUAUUUUAUGGCUUUUAAACAUUGUCAUAUUAAAGCACUAUUUUUAUUCCGCAAUACUACUUUAUGUACAGUAUAGCAGAAAUUGCUGUAAAAAAACAGAGGUUUUACACAGAUUCACUGAAGAAAACUUUGAACAGACACUGUGUAGAUGGUGGACCUUCUCCAAUGUUUUACCUCUUUACUUCUCUUUGUUGAGCAAAGCUCAUGAAGUGCCAGCUGUAAAAUAGAUACUUAAUCUAAUCCUAAGCACAACAUUGUAGCCAAACCGGUUAUUUGAUGGUACAGUCCAUGAAAAUUGUUCAUUUUUCUUGCCUGUUAUUUUAAGUCACUGUGGGUUUACUGUAUUCCUGUUGUAUUCCUAUUCAAAAUGGAAAUUCAGAAUUUCAACAGUUUAUUCAGUUUCAGCUUAUUUGUAGAAUUUCUGCACAAAAGACUCAAGAGGACCAAAAAGGGGAGGUCUAGCUGUCAUGAAAGCUACUGUCUACUGACAGCUCAGUAGUAAUCACAGAAAUAAUCAAUGUUUUACUACUGAUAACAUGCUGUCUUGUAGUGCUGCUUUUCCUUUUUUUGGCUACGUGACUAGACGUGUAUAGAUGCACUGAGCAUGUUAUUUUUACACUGAAUACACUGUGCGAAUGGGAUGAAAGAUUGUUUUCUACUGUGAUAUUAUUAAAACAAUGCAAAAGCCUUGGACCAACAUUCCAGAGAUAUUUGUGUGUAUUGCAUUAAUGUUUGGGCAUGUACUGUUUAGUAUACGAGAUAGGAAGACUUAAGAGUUGUGUGUAUCAAACAAAUAAAAUUUUGUACUCGAGCAGGUUAUGCUCAAAUGUCCAUUGACCUUACUCCUGCUAUUAGGGGAUUUCACAUUUUGAUGCCUUUCUGCAAUAUGCCAAUGUAAAAGUGCUACUGUAAAUGUUUUAUCAAAGAGAUAUGGGCUCAUGCGGCUGUAUGCUACACAGCUCAUAUUUGAUUUCACUGUUAAUUUAAUUGUGGAUUUUUCUCUGUCUUGCCCAUUUCAUAUGAAUAAAAGUUGUUUUCAUUUAA